AUGGAUAUAAAAUCAAUAGGAACUUGUUAUCUAGGAGUGCUUAUAUUACUAUCUAUUUUCAUUGUAUUUUCUAUACGUUUUCUCAAAUUUCUAUCAUCAUCACCAAUUGAACUAUUAUCAAAAAAUUCUCUUAAUCAGUUAUCAUAUUUAUCUUUUUCAUCAAUAAAACCAAUAUUUGUAAGACUUAAACCUUCAAAAUGCCGACCAUUUAAUGUAUCUGAUACUCGGCCAUUUUUUGAUCGUGAACCUCCUCAAUUAAAUCUACCUCGACGUAUAUCAAAUUCAACACGUAACAAUCUUCAUGAUCGACUUCAAUCACUUCGAUUAACUAUAGUUGUGUGUGCACGUAAUGCUGAAAAAGUUUUCGAUAAAUGUCGAAACUAUACUGAAUCAAUAAUAGAUUUAUUUCAUCCAUCAUCACAAAUUCUCAUCGGUGAAAGUGAUUCAAGUGAUAAUACGUUAACAAAACUCCAUCAAUGGUCUCGUGCUCAAAUUUAUACAUAUGGGAAUUUAUCAAAAUCUAUUCCAAUACGUACAGAACGUAUUGCAUUUUGUCGAAAUGAAUUAUUAGAAAAAGCUCGUCAACUAAAAUCAGAUUAUAUGCUUGUUCUUGAUAUAGAUAUAAUCGGUAAUAAUGUAAAUUCAUUUCUUUCUAAUUUUGAGUAUGAUACUAAUGAUUGGUCUGUUAUGACAGCUAAUACAAUUGGACAAUAUUAUGAUAUUUGGGCCUUAAGAACUUUAUCAGAAACAAUACUUAAUUAUGAUGUGUGGCAUCGAAUAUGGUCAAUGAGAUCUAUUGGUAGUUAUUGUAAUGAUUCGUUACUAAAAAACAUAUUUAAUAUUCAUCAAAAACCAUUUCCAAUUGAACGAGAUCUUUUAGAAGUUCGUUCAGCGUUUGGUGGUGCUGGAUUAUAUAAAAUGGAUUCAACUAAAAAUUGCUAUUAUUCUGGUGCACAUGGUAUAUGUGAACAUGUUCCAUUUCAUUUAUGUAUGCGAGAAAAAAAUCAAGUAAGAAUAUUUAUUAAUCCAAAAUUUAGACACAGACGAUUACAAAAUAUCAAAUAACCUGUUUGUUUUUUUGUUUUCGUAUUAAAUAAAAACAUGUGUAGGACAUUUGUAAUUAGAUGUAUGUUUUUUUUAUAUGAAAAGAUAUUAUAGAACUAUCUGAUAGAAUCUCAAGAAAAGUAAUAGUUAUUUUUUUUUAAUUGUGAUAUAUUAAUUGAUUUGUCUGUUUAUUUUUCCAAUGAACUGAAAACAUUGCAAAAACAAAUAAUAUUCAAAAGACAUUUUAUAAUAAAGAAAUUUAUUUUCUUCAAGACAUACUUUGAUAGUAUGAAAUUGAAUAUGUUUAUUUGAUUUCAUAGAAGAACUAGUAUUGGAUAUGAUGCAACAAAGCAUUUUUAAGAGAAGAAAACAUUUGUUGAGAAAAAAGUUCUUUGAUGCAAAAUGCCUAUGGGGAACCCUUGCCCGUCAUUUUUUUCGAGAAAAUUUUAUUUUUCAAAAUUGUUUUGUCUUAUAUAUCAUUCGACGCAGUUUAAUGCGCUGAUUUCGAAUAUAUUAUUUCUGUCGAUUAAAUGUUUUUUCAAAGCCAGAAAAGGCUGAAACAUACUGGAAAAACUUAGGUUUUUUCCAAACUCACUGUACAGUCUAAGAGUGUUUGCGCUAACAGGAAUUACAAACAAUAGAUAGAAGGACAUUCUGGCAAAUUUUGAAAAAGUUUGAAGCUUGGAUGUGAGUGGAUUGCUCAUUUUAUGGGACCCAUGUAAAAAAAAAAUCAGAUUAAAAAUCGAUUAAAAUGAGACGAUUUUAAUCUGAUUUUAAUCAGAUUUUUCAACCUUAAAAGAUAGAUUUUAUUUGACUUAAUCUUUUUUUAAUCGAUCAAAAUCGAUUAUUAAAAUAAAUCGAUUAUAAUUGAUUAUUAAAGUUUUUUAAUAGAUUUUAAUCGAUUAUAAUUGAUUAUUAAAGUUUUUUAAUAGAUUUUAAUCGAUUAUAAUUGAUUAUUAAAGUUUUUUAAUAGAUUUUAAUCGAUUAAAAAAGAUUAAGUCAAAUAAAAUCUAUCUUUUAAGGUUGAAAAAUCUGAUUAAAAUCUGAUUAAAAUCGUCUCAUUUUAAUCGAUUUUUAAUCUGAUUUUUAAUAAUUUUUUUUUACAUGGGGACUAGCCCUUCAAACGACACUAUAGAAUAAAAUAUUAUUUUUUUUCUCAGAAAUUAAACGUACAAAUUAAAAAGUAUUUUUUUUAUCAUUGUAUAGAACUGGGCUUGAAGAUUCAGGAAAUGUACUUGAUUUAUCUGUUGAACAGUUUAAUUUUGCCAGAUAUCAAUUUUUCCGGUGACAUCACGAUUUUCAGGCUAAUUUUAGGCAAUUAGUUUUUCAGUAACUUUGAGUGUUCUAACAAAGUUAUUUAUACCAUUAAAUAGGCCAUAUUUCGAACUAUAUUUCACCAUAUUAAAAUCUUGAGAAAGUGCGAUUUUUACUUUUAGCCAAAUGUCCACCUAGAUGCACAUUAUGAGCUGGCCUUCGAUUGCGAUUUUUUUAAAAUAUAGGAAUCCUUAGAGGAUCAAGUUUGUCUAAAAUAUAGGAUUUUCGAUGAAAAAUGACAAAAAUAUAGGAUUUUUUAUAGAUCGUUUCUUUUCAUUUGUUUUGGUGUUUUUUAACUUCUCUACUCGAAUAUCGUUUUAGUGAAGCUGUUGUAAACAGCUCAACCAUAAUCAAGAUUUUUAUGUGAUUUCUUUCUACU